CCGCGGCCCCCGCGCUGCCGCGGCCGGCGAGGCCGGAGCGCCCCGGCCGACCAUGGGGAUCCUCUUCACCAGGAUAUGGAGGCUCUUCAACCACCAGGAGCACAAAGUGAUCAUUGUGGGCCUGGACAAUGCAGGGAAAACCACCAUUCUGUACCAAUUCUCCAUGAACGAGGUUGUCCACACGUCCCCCACCAUCGGGAGCAACGUGGAGGAGAUCGUGGUGAACAAUACGCGCUUCCUCAUGUGGGACAUCGGGGGACAGGAGUCCCUGCGCUCCUCCUGGAACACCUACUACACCAACACCGAGUUUGUGAUAGUUGUGGUGGACAGCACAGACAGAGAGAGGAUCUCUGUGACUAAGGAAGAACUGUAUAAAAUGUUGGCACAUGAGGACUUGAAAAAAGCAGGUUUGCUGAUCUUUGCAAACAAGCAGGAUGUGAAGGAGUGCAUGACAGUGGCUGAGAUCUCCCAGUUCCUGAAGCUCACUUCCAUUAAGGAUCACCAGUGGCACAUUCAGGCCUGCUGUGCUCUAACUGGAGAGGGGCUGUGCCAAGGACUGGAGUGGAUGAUGUCAAGACUUAAGAUCAGAUGAUUUUUGGUGCCCUCUUUGCACAGACAUUGCUCCAGGGGAGCUGUUCCCCGGCAGAGGCGGUGGGGUGGAUGUAUUUAUACUGAACUGAUUGCAACUGUAUUUUCUACAUAGCUGCCCACACACAGUGUACAGGAAGGAGGACCAUUCCCAGAGGGAAAGGUGCAGCCCUGGCUCCAGUUUGGUUUGGUUUCCUGGGAGGAUCCGUUUCAAAGCUGUGACCAACCUUUAGAAGCUGCAGCCCCUCGGGACAGUCCAGCCUUGGGCGUGGGGAAGAUGAAGCAAGAGGAAAGGAGCUUUUAAUUUAGAGUUUUAUUAUCCCAUUGUAGCCCUCUCUAGUGGAAGAUGUUGGCUUCAUUAUUCCAGUUAAAUCAGCAACAAAUCACUGGCUUAGGUAUCAACUCCUCCAGUAUUUUUAAGGUUACCGAUGUUACAAAUGCAACCCUAUUUUCCUGUAUGUGAACUGUACAUAUUUGUGUAUAUUUAUACCUCAACUUUAGUUCCUUGCAAUCCGUUCAGAGCAGUGUGUGACUCUCAAUCAGCCUGUUGGCAGCAGCACCAACGUGGGACGUGGCCACGGCCUCGUGUCCCAGGGCUCUCCCUCUGUGUCCACCAGACCUUGGCUCCCACAGCUGGACAGACAGACCCUCCCUUCAGCCCAUGGCUGCUUUUCCACGGGAUGUUUUGGGUAGGGAGGAGGCUGGAAUGGGUUGGGGCACACGUGGAUUGAGAUUUGAAUGACAGUGUUGGCCAAAUUUGCCUGAGAGUUUAAAAGGAGGUGGGUUUUCCUUUCCUGUUGCAGUUGUUGUUUGGGUGAUGCUGCAGGUGCACGUCCUGCCCACUGCUCUCCUUUGCUGGUUGGUUGAUUCAGGUCUAAAAGUACCUUCAGCUGUCAAAAAGGGAAAAAUGUCUUUUUUUUUUUUAUAAACCAAAGAGGAGGCACAAAAGUGUGUUUGACAGUCCCACUGGAGUCAUACAAGUCACACUCUAAUGAAGUGUUUUUCAGAGGAAAAACUCUUUGCUACAUAAAUGUGCAGAUAUAUCAAUAGGGAACUGGAUGGGGACAAAACAUGACACUACUUCGAAGGCUCUAAGUGACCCACACGAGUUCCAGGUGAAAACAGAACUCCCUGCAUGGUCCCCAGAGCACUUUUGGAACACUAGGAUGACCUUUCCUUGCUGUAGCACCUGGUGGGAUGCCUGUCCCGUGCAGGAGGUGUCCAGAAUUCCCAUUUUAGAGGCUGGAGGCAGUUGGGAUGGUGGUCUGACAUGUCAGGGCUGUGGGGAGUGCACGUGGCCUUAAUCACAGGCUCUUCUGUUGGGGAGGUGUGGGGAGGGCAGCAGAACGAAACCAACCUGUGCUUCAGGUGUCCUUCCCUUCCUGAGGAGGAUGGAAAAGGCAUUUUACAGAAAAAGCUCAGUUUGAACUUUUUAAGGUGCUUCUCUCUGGGAUAAUCUGGCUGGUGGUGCUCCUGCCUCCCUGGGAGCACGUGGAUCCCCCCGGGGAAAGGGAAGGGAGGCAGCCUCAAAAAUCUGUCUUUAACAAAGGCAGGGAAAGAAUUGACCUUUUUAAUCUAUUUUUUUGGUAUCUCUGAGGCUCCCUGGCCGGGGGAUGUGCUGUCUCUGUUAAACAUUAAGGUGUACAUGCAUAUACCCAUAGUGCAUGCACAUAGAUCUUGGUAUUUAACUGGUGUAUUGCAAACUGUAUCAAUGUUUGAAGAAUUAACAAUUUCCUGCAGAGGCUCUCUCUGUCUCUCUGACAGUAUCUACAAGCAACGAGCUCCGUGCACACACAUGGAAUGGAACUGUACAUUUUCUAGUCUGGAAAACAAAAAAAAAAAAAAAGAAAAAAAAAAAAGAAAAAGCAGACUUUGCUUCUAAACCCAAGUGUUUGGUUUGUGAGUCUUUGCUUUGAUCCCUCCGAGGUGUUAAACGCUGACAGCUCCAGGCUCGUUCACUCAGGCUGGGGGUUGGUUGUUAAGAAAAGGAGUUGUUGUUAAUGAGAGGGCAGUGAUGGAGCUGUAUUGGGGUAUUUGCUGCUCGUUUGGACCUUUGUAGCAUUUCUGUGUCCGUGCAACGAAGGUGUGUGGUGGUUUCUCCAGGUGUGGGUUGUGUUUGACCAGACAUUGUGUGUUUACACAGGGCUUAUCUUGGGUUUGCUCUUCCCCUCUCUUGGCCACUUCCACUUUCGUGGUUGCCCUCCCCUGGGGCUCAGGAGCAGCCCCCGAGGAGCUGGAGGUCCCUGCACACCCAGCCUGGCUGCUGAACGGUGUCUUUGGUGCCCUGAGGGGUUUAUAACCCAAUAUUUGAGCUGUUUUCUGUGUGGGGGGACAGUGAAAACAAGCCAGCCUUAACCCAGCUCCAACCAAGGUGUGCCAUGGCAUGUGUAGCCACGAGUUUUGUGUCUCUUCUGUAUUUUUGGGGGCAGAUGUGGCCACAACUCAGAGGUGCCUGAUGUUCACUGACACAUCCUGUGCCUGCAGCUUGUCCAGGGCUUGGCACUCCCAGCUGGGCUUUAGAAGCUGAUUUUCAGUCGGGGGGGGUGGUGGGGGUUGUCACCCCAUUGCCAACAAUUCCAAACCCCCCUGGAAUGGUUUCUGUGAUGGUGCUUUGAAGUUCACGUGUGGGAAGUUAAAAAUGUUUCAGUCCCCAAGAAGAGCAGCCAAACUUUUGAUCUCUCAGACCCUUUGUGGCUGAGCUUCUUGUUUACAGCUUUUUCUUUUCCCUUCCCUGCAGGACAAUUCCCGUUUUUCUCCCAGCUUUGUCCAUAGAAAAACAAGGGAACUUUGCAUCAGUGCUGCUCCCAGCUCCACUUGGGGAUUGUUGGGAAUUGUUGGAUUGUCUUACCCUGAGCUGUGACCUUGGUUGUGUUUGACCCUCGGUGUUGUGCUGCCUUGGCUUCCAGCUUUGCCUUUGUUCUCUGUGCAAUUCCUUCUAAGGAUAUGGAAUUCUUCCUUAGGAUAUUCUACAGAGGAGGGAGAGGCCUUAAAAACUGGUUAUUGAAGUUUAUGCUGCAGAGUGGCAUUUUAGGAGCAAAAAAAAUCGCAUUAAGCCCUUUUUCAAUAAUACUUAAAAUGUUUCUCUUGGUUUAGCAGGUAAUAAAUUUGGUCAGUGGUCUCUGGAAUCUGAAAGUUACCCAGGCCUUUAAUUGUGAGGAGAGGUGGAAUAUAGAGUUGGAAAAUGUGAGCAGGGGUCUCCCAAGCUUCACUUGUUAAUCUUUUUCCUUUCAGGGAGGCUGAGGAGCUGCUCCCCUGUGGGGUGUAGGGGGAGUGUGUGAGCAGUAAAUGGACCUGACAGGCCCCUUCCACAGCCUCUGCAGCUCGAGUGCCUAAAACUAAUUCCACAAUCCCGGUUUUCCUCCUGUGCUACAACUUCCAUUUCCUUAGAAUAGAAAUAUAUCUAUAGAAGCAUCUCAGAGUGUGGAAACAAGUGGGUUUGCCCUCCCCACACAGCAGUUCUGAGGUGAUUUGUGAUGAUUUUGUUACCAUUCUCCCCUCCAUCCCAAGUGCUCUCCGUUGAUCAGGCAUCACCCAGCCCGCUUUGGGAUGGGAAAGAUGGGAUUUGUCCUUGUUUCAGGGUGCUUGGCUGGGAUUCCUGUUUAAAUAACUCAGUCCAGGAAUCCUUGGCCUUGGAACCUCCUGGUGGAAGUGGCUCCUUCCUCUCUGGCUGGUGGGAUGUUCACUUUGGCACUGGAAUUAGGGCUGAAAAGCCAUUUGGAGCUCGUUGGGAUGAGUGGGAUUGAAGCCAGUGCUGCAUCCCUGGGCAGGGCAGGGCCAUCCCAGAGGCACAGAGAUGGGACUAAGGAAGGAAAAUGUUGGAAUUACAGAUGUGACUGGAGUCUGUUGUUGCAGUGAGUGCAUUAAAUGGAUAAAAAUGGCAAAUUACAAGGGGCUGCCACUGUGACUUUUUACAUCCUGUGUUGGAAUCACAAGCAGAAAUUCCCUUCUUGCCUUACAAGUGGUUCAUUUUUAUCUUGGAUUGGAGCUUUAUCCACAGUGCAGUGAGUCCUGCACCACCCUCAGCCUCUGAAGGUGGAUUUGGGGUGAGUAAGGACCGAGCUGGGAGGGGUUUUUAAGCUUUUCCUCUUUGUAACUGUAGAAAACUUGGCUGAGAGUGAACGAAGGCAGAAAAUGCUGCUUUCCCUGGGAGGCUGGGAGUGGUUCUUUGUGCAUCAUCAGCUCAGUGUCACCUUGUGUGAAUCCUUCCUGAAGGAAAGGAUUGGUGGUGAAACCACCAGGGAGGGUGGGAGAGGGGGCCAAGAAAAGAGGGAUUGUCUUGGAGAGGCUAAAAAAUAACCAAACAAACCAGCUCAGGGUGAGCAUGUCCGUGGGUAAGAAAUAAAACUGGGGGUGUACGACAGAGGAUCCAGUUUAACUCUGUCCAUGUGAUGUUCCCAUGAAUGUUUUUGACACAUUUCUUUCCAAGUUCUUCUCCAAACCCUGGAAUCCUGCAGCCCCAGGGCUCAGCUCCGAGCCUGCGUUGGAGGGAACCGACCAAGGACUGGCUCCAGUUCCACCCUCCAGCACUAAACCUGCAAUUCCUGGAGUAUGAACUUCCCAGGUGACUCUCCCAACGCUGUCAUUGCCUCCUCCUGCCUGGCUGUUGUUUACAAAUGCCAAGUCACAUCCCUGUGUGUCCACGUGGAUCACCUGGACGGGGUCAGGUUCCCUGGGAUCCCUUGGACUUUGUACUUCCCUUUGUCUCCUUUCUGAAAGAAAUGUGGCUGAUGCUGAGACUGCAAUAAAAUCUCAUUCCAGAACGUGU